AUGAUUUUACUGCUUCUGGCCGUUUUGGUCACUAGAGUUGAUGCUCAGCUGCCCAUACAGAACUUGAAUCCGGUUCAAAUCCAGCCUCCACCUUCAAACUGUAUCAGAGGUCAGUUUUUUUUGGAACCUGAUUUUUUAUUAGCUUGAAGAUUGCAGACUUUUGAAGGUCAAUAGAGAUGCUUAAAUUAAAAAGAAAAAUUUUUUUAUUAAUUAAUAUGGACCGAUUGGUUUCAAAAAAAUUUCAUAAAUCGAGAAGAGACUGUAGAACUAGUGGGAUCUUCUAUCUUUAUGUGAUGAAUAGUAGAGAUUUUCAUUCUGCGAUCAAUGGAUCAGUGUACCAGAUGAAAAGAAAAGACGGUUAUCACAACGUUAGUUCUUCUCUCAGCAGAACUCGUGAGCUGAGAAAAAUAUUGAAAUACAAUAAAAUCAAACAAAAAUUAAAGACUGAAGUAGUAAAAAGGACUUUAGAUAAAGUUAAUGGUAAUCGGGAAGGACUCGUGCGGAUUGGCGGAUAAUCCGCUCGUCGACCUCUUUCACCUCCAACUUUCUCUCGAACUCCUUUCGAAGGCUUAAAAUUGAACAAAAAGUUGAUAUUUGUUUGAUUUUUAUUGAACACCGCGUUGAUACGGAAAGUCCAAACAAUGCCAAGCCAGUUUGCGAUAUCUCGUUUUCUGUUGCUUUUUCGUGUUCAAAUCAAAACGUCGCGCAACAACGCAAUCUAUUCGUAGACAUAUCAACAGCCGUGCAAUUAUUCUGUUGUUUCAAUCGGAAUCUAAUCUCGGAAAAAAGUCAUCUACAAUAGAAGAUGCUGGUGAAUCAAAGUAGUUAGAAUGAAUACUUUUCCAACAAAGAAUAGUUUUCAAUAAGUUUUUCAGAAAAACCUUGCAAGAACUGGAAACAAAAAUAAAAAAAGUUAAACAAUUUUUUUUACAGGAAACAGUCCUGCCACCACAAAAAUUCAAAAAUUUCAAAAGAACUUAAAAUAAAACUUGUCUAAGACUGUUUUUUUCGUUUACAAAUCAUUAAUCAUAUCUUGGUUCUGAGAAGUCUGACGUUUUUAUGUCAUCAUUUAUGUCAAUCCUGAAAGAAACUCUAUUUGAGUAAAAAAACAUUUGAAAAAGUAAAGGAAAAAAAUUUCCCGCAGGCGGAUGUAUUUCGCGUGGAAGUUUCAAACAAACAAAAGAGAAGGACACGAAGUUUCAGAUGUGGACGAGGAUGUUUGUCCGCAGCGCGAGGGGUUCGACGACGACUGCGACAGAAAAUGUCUUCAGAACUUUCCGAUGCGCGUCGGCAGUGGCUGCCACCUUCGCAACACAGGUAGAACAAGUUCAGAAGCUUCCAAUUGGCCUAAUUCUUCCAGUUAAAUUUCUUUUUAACUUACUUUUUUUCUUUUUUUGAAAUCAUGUAGUCUUUAUAAUAAAGAAAUGGUAUUUUUUUCGCGAGUUUCUGAUUUGUGGAAGAAAAAAUUGAGCUACUUGUUUUUAACUAAGUGAGUGGAAGUAUCUCAAUCUUCUGGGAAAUUACAGUUCUCGAAUUACUAGCUUGGCAAACCGAACGCGUUCUAGCGGACCAAGUCCGUAAUUAACCGGCCACACCAAUUAUAUUUCUGAGGCAGGCCCCACCAUUCAUUGAAAUGAUUUACUAGGUAGGAUUCGAAAGAAUAUCGGAGAACAGACUCGACUAACUUGCAGAAAGAAGACUUUCAGGUACACUCCUGUCGUUUUUCGGAAUCCGCUCGUUCAUGUGCAAAUGCGAGCUGCCUGGCUUCGUCUGUUCAGCCCCAGCCGCCGCGAUUCCCUUCAUCCAUCCUUUCAGAACGAAUCUCGUCCAGCAACACUCCAGACUCACUCUUCUUCCGGCCACAUCCAUGCCCUGCAACGCGGUUUAUAUAUUUUGUCCUUAGAAAAAGUUAAUAAACUUUUUUUUUUCAGCCGAAGUACGAAAAGAGACUGGCGUGUCGAGAGCGAUUCGACGACGCCGAAUGCGGUUGGCAGCGGUCGUCCAACGUCCAAUGGGCUCACGCCACGCCUACUGGAGCUCCGAUGCCGUUUCCGCGCUUCGAGUCACCGAGUCAGUUUUAUGUCUAUUCUGAAAAUUCUUUCGUUUUCACUUGUUCGCCUGUUGAAACUAAGCGGUGCGUUAAUCGAUUUGUGUUUUAUACGAAGAAAGGAUUUGAAAAAGAUGUUAAUUCUGCGCAUGAACAUUUUUGAUUAACAAAUUUUUUUUGUUUUUCGAAAAAAAAAUUUCAAAUUAAAAAAAAAGCAUGCUGCUGUUCCAAAUUUAGUUAUAGAUAUUUUCGGAAUAGAAAAGGAAGUUUUAGAAGAGCGUCCUGAGCUUUUAAACGGAAGUAUAUAUGUUUCCCAAGAAUCAAGUUUUUUUAAAUCUCGGCUCAAUCUUAUGAAUUUAACUUGUGAACGAAUAAUUCCCGCAGAAAACUGAGAAAGAAACUAUAAAACGUGUGAAAAUGUUUUUCCGUAACAUGAGCAACAUCUGUUCCUAAUUCUCUAUUUUCGCUUCCUUCCGUGAAGAGAAAAAGUUCUUUGAUUGCCGCCCGUGCGGCACAAAAAAGAAGACGUCAAAUCCCGUGGAGGAAAAGAAGUGAGGUCGGCCGCGUUUACCCAGUUUUCACGGCAUUCUCGAACCACCACAAUAGAAAAGUCCAUGUAAUUGAACUCCACUGUGACAAUUUCCAUUCAAUUUUCUCGGUAUCUUUGACGGAAUACACCAAAGAGGUGUUUAUGGAUGAAGUUACAAGAAAUAUUCAAAGUCCAUUUAAUAAUUAAAAAAAGUUCGCAUUCUUAUUCCAGUUUUGAUGAGUAAAAAGCAGAAAAAGUCAUGAUUUUGAGAUGGCGCUUACUUGGCCGUGACGACGACGUCUCCUUCUGCUGAUUGGGCGACGCUGUCGACGUGCGAAUCUCUGUGCUCCAAAGGCACCGUCAACGUCACAGUUCGCGUCUGGAGACCCGUCCACGUCAUCGUGGAACUCUGCUUCCGGUACUAUUAUCGAGUCAUUGUUAAAAGAGAUUCAGAAAAUCGAAGUUUGUGAGAAGUUUUUAUUUUGAUUGGCUGUCCCCCUGGUCUGAAAAGCCCUCAUAAGAAAAUUCCAAGUCUUAUUAGUUUCAAGCAGUAUUGACUGAGAAAUUGCAAAAGAAAAGGGAUUGAACUUUGUCCAAUCGAUGGCAAAAGAGCAAAAAUUCUUAAAAAGAAAUGGAUUCCUUUAUUUUCUUUAAAAACGUGAUUAGUUUUCGAAGACGGAAAAUAUGAAUUUUCCAUUUAAAAAAAAGUAGUAGAACUGUUUUCUAAAGAAUUUCAAACCAACAAAACUAUGAGAAACAAGUAAAAGUUCAAUUUCCGAGGAACUUACGAAACUUUUCUGUUAUUUUUAUGAUGUAAACUUUUAAGAGAACAAGAAACCCUAUUAUGCGCACCAGUGAGGACAGGAAACGGUCGGAUGGUGAAUGAAGUAAUCCCGGAGACUGAAAACUUCCAGGUGGAGUCAAAACUUACUACUGAUGAGACAAACAUGUUUCAGGUUAGUCUGAAGUUUAGCAACCUGACAGUAGACGACGUCGUCAUGGUGGACGACCUGACAGCCAUCUACGACGCUUGUCCUCCACUUCAGUCUUCUGUGUCGGGAAUCGCCCAACCCCAAAAAAUGGAAUCCGACUCUGCACACCACGAGCAUGACGAACUCGAAACAGAGCCCAAAAUCCAGACUACAACAGAAAUAUCGAAAGCGUUCCCCUCAGCACCGCUUGCAGUUCCUAUUCCGGUUGGUUAUCCAAAAAUCAAGAAAAAAAUGAAUAAAUAAAUAAAAAUCCAAUAAAGUUGGGAUUUAUAAGGAAAAUAAAUGCUUCGUAUAGUUUCAGAUGUUUUAAAAGUUUUUUGAAAACCUGUUUUCCCCGUUCGAUGGCGUGUAGUCAAUCCAUCCCGACUUGAAAGGCGAGGGAGAGAAGAUGCGGGACGCGUGGCGGGUGCUUACUCGGUUCUUGGCUCAUGUACAAUUCGCCACCGAAUAUUUAAAAAGCUCGUUUUCCGCUUUUUUUGUACCUACUAUUUUUGAUGCACAAAUGAAAAAAAAAAAAAUAAAACUGACUAAAGAAACGAAGUUUCGCUGUCUCAUUUCAAAAAACAAAAAUUUUUCAGCAAGUGAGCGGAUCAGCUUCUCCACCACAACGAGCAUCCAGUGUGCUGGUCCAGCCAAAGUUGCACAUCGAGAAGAAAAUCAGUUCAACCUCGCGUCGUAACUGUGUUGGAGGUUCUCUAAGCUAUCAAGUUAGCCUUCACCCUAAACUUGAAGACGAUUGCCACAGCCACUUGGGCUCCCACUACGCUUCGCACGCUGUUACCGCCGAAAUAUGUCGCGGCAGAGCUGGCCUUCUACUUUGCCGUGCACACUGCCGCGUUUCCGAUGGAGCUGGGUGAGUUAGAAAUUUACUAUACUGGCUCAAAUGGAAAAAAAAACCAUUUUGUACUUGUCAACUCUUUUCCUCUCAGUCCCGACGUUUCAUCACUACUUUCGACCUUCAUUCAAUAACGUUUUUGAAGCAACUUCAUGAAGUUUCCAGUUACGCAGCAAGAUGUAUACGCGAAGGAGAGCCUCCGUUCUCCAAAAAAUGCGUUUGUCAGCUGCGUCGGUCGCCGACAAAGAAGCUCGACCAGGGCAAGGCCCCACUCACCAAACGUCGAAAAGUCGUCGACGCAGCUUCCUCCCGCAUGACCAUGGUCGACCAGAACACGCACAUGCGGUCAUCUCUGCCAAAUCCCAGCAGAAAAAUAUUCGGUGAAGAAAUAUAUGUCAAAAAGGUGAAACUGAAUCAAGCGAAGCUGCUAGUCUAAGGAAACUUCUAGUUAGUCCGCGAAACGUGUGAAAGGCCUGGCGAAAAUGAAACCUGUGACAACAUUUGCAAAGCGAACGAUUCCGAAAGGUAUCUGAAUACUACUAAGCUCAUACACAACAAAAAAAAAACAACUUUUUAGCCGUGGCACGUGCGAGGAUGACGGCAAUUGCUCAUGUCGACACUGCAGAACUUCUCUAUGUAACUUUGAGAGAAACACACGCUGCGGGUACUCCUUUCUCCAUAUAACGAAAAAUGUUGUGAUUAUUCAGUUGGUCGGACUUGCGGAUGCUCUCCACCCAAUUCAACAACAUCAGUGUAGCUAUGAAAAGAGGAGACGGUUAGUUCAGUUUGGCUCAGGCUCUAUAUCAACUCAAAUUUUCAUAGAAAACCGAUACGGUCUGACACGUCUGCGGCCUAUGUCCUAUUCGGGAUUGGUACAUCGACAGCCGCUGAAUGGUCCGAUCGUUCUCUCAGUCGACGCGUUUCCUUCGCACGCUAUCGACGUCCGCAUUUGUGUGCAGAAUCUUAGAAAGUUUGUAAUUUAUAUCACUGUCGCCCUAUUUGUACCUCAAUCUAAGUUCAGGGGACUUUAUGAGUAAAAAAGAAUGUUUCUGCUUUACUUUCUGCACCAUCUAAGACAGUUUCAACUUUUUAAAUUUUGUCGUUCUCGGCUGAAAAAACCAUCUUUAAUAACAUUUCAGCCGUUAAACCUUGAUGAACCGAAAUUGCAGAUGUCAAACACAAAGAAUAGCAGCAAAAUCAUGGAACAGAGUCACCGCCAAGAUCAAAGUUCCAUCUGCAGAAAAGGCAACUCAAUAAAUCGGAAAUGGAGUCGAAAAACUAUUCAGGUCUUCAUCGUCUUCCAAAACCGAGAUCUUGUUGGAAAAGCCGUCGCUAUCGAUAACAUCCUGAUUCGUGGCGGAGACUGUUGA